UUUGGAGCUAAAAUUUCGACGAGAUUUGACGAACCUCCUUACGACGUAGAAGAUGCAGUACCGAGAUCUUCAGAGAACAUUAUAAUCGAGCUAAAUGUCGACGACAACCCGGAAAUUGGAUACCCUGUUAUCCACCUCGACUUAAAUCAGUUUUUCGAAGAUGAUGAAGCGAGAGACAUAGGAGGAGUAAUUCAAGGGCACGUAAUAUCGGGUGGAAAAGAGAUUUUCAAUGAAUUUGACGGCGGGAAUGGUGAAGCAGGGGAAACAAGCCAAGGCAAUGUUCAAGGAAGAAAGAACAUGAUCCUAACUGACGUUGAAAGGUGGGCAGUUUACCAUGCUUUGUUGGAGAACAGUGUAAAUGGUAAAUUGAAAAAGAACACAACAAAAGCAGUGAAAGAUAUGUUCAAUAUUGAGCUCCGAACAGUUCAAAGAGUAUGGAAAAUUCACAAGAGAAUGUCACCAGGCUCAGAUGUGGAUGUUUCAACGAGGAAGGCACGGGUCGUAAACGUAUUGAGUGUUUUGAAGCACAUUUUCAUAGAUAAAGUUUCAUGGAUGUGGCCGUGUUUCGCGGCUGCUUUGGAGCAGAUGUGGCCAUGUUUCACAAAUCGCACUCUUGUUUGC